ACCAAUAGAAGUCUCCUGUACUAGCGCGUCGUUUGUCCAUUGGCGUUAAAGGUGGUCAGAUUAUGCCACACAAGCUACCUUUUCGUGUCGUCUAUGUUUCAAGCCAAGACGAACACUUCCCUGCCACAGAACUAAAUCAUCACCAUCCAGGAACUAAAGGAUGGAUUUCUACUCGUUUUUGUUCUUACCCUCAACAGCUUAUUUUAUCUUUGGAGGCCAAAGCUAGUUUUCGCAAAAUACAGAUACUUUGCCAUCAAUAUUUAAUUGCGUCAAAGAUUGAGUUUUUCGUCGGAGAUACGCCGGACGAUGAAAUGGAACAUUUUAAAAACGCCAGGUAUACUAGACUUGGAUAUGUAGCGCUAUCAGACAAUCAGGCCACAGAGUACAAAGCGAGGGAAUUAAAGUCAGUUCAUAUUGACGCCUCCGGCUCAUAUAUUCAACUGUUUCUCUAUAAAAACCAUCCGAAUAACUUAAACUUAUACAGUCAGGUUGGGAUUGUCGCCAUAAAUCUGAUCGGCGAUUUUAUGGAUAAGAAUGGGCGGUCGGAUUCUGAUGAUUCCCCAGUAGGUCUUUUCAGGCCAGAUUACAUACCUCCCACUGAAGACUUAGCGUUUGAUAUGUAUCAAGAUCCCGAAGUUGCUAACAUAAUAAGAAGGUUAGAAAAACAAAAACGUCUAGCUGUUAAGGCUGAACGCUUUGACCAAGCUCAAGGUAUACGAGAUGCUAUAACUCAACUACAUCAGGUCGGUGAACGUCUCGGUAGAUUAGCACUUGAAAAACAACAAGCUGUUGAAGAAGAAAACUAUGAACAAGCUAAGUUAAAAAAGAAUCAAAUAACUGAAAUGCGUAAUAACUUAUAUCGAGAUAUUGAUUUAAUGAAAUUGUUGUCUAGUAAUACUUCAACAGAACAACGUGAACAACUUUAUGGUCGAUCUGAUAAUCAGUUUCCUGAUACGAAUAAUGACCGGAACAAAAUAAAUCCAAUACAACCAAUACAUUUUCAAAGUUUAUUAAUAAGUGAUGAUCUAAACGAAAAUAGGCGUAGUAAUGGGUCAUAUACUGUUAAUAACAACAAUGGCAAUAAUGAUAAUCAAGAUGUUGAUUACUUUCCAUUUCGUCGUGCUUAUCCUUCAAAUGAUCCUGAUGAACGUCCUUUACCAGCUCUUAAAAAUAAGCAUAGAAAUAAUAGUCCAAUAGUAGAUCCAGCUGACGAAGAGCAUUAUACAUCGGAAUUACCAGUCCCAGUGCUUCAUGAACAAUCUUUUGAGAAUUUCAACCAUUCUGAACAUAUACCACCACUUGAUGCAGUUGAAGCUAUUCAAAGAGACAUUGAUACUUAUGAAGAUGAACAAACGAUGAAAUACUUAGAACAAGCAGCUCAUGAUCGCAUGGUCGAUGGUAGAGAAAAUUUUCAGCAUAGUAUACUUGAUCUUCCUGAGCCAAUGAGCGAAACCAAUCGACGUCAGGCUGGUGUAGCUAUUGAUGUUGUAGGCAUUAACCUUGUUACAAAAGCAUAUAGCAAAUCAUGGGUUUUUCGUGAAAAAGCUCUACUUGAAUUAGAACAGCGUGUAACUGCACCGAAACUUCCUCCUCCUGUAUCACUUCCUGAUACAGCACAUCCUGAUCCAAAAGCUGAAAUUCGAUCGACUACAUUUCUUUUACGUCGUGCAUUAAAUGAUCAAGUUUUGUCAAUAUUUCGUUUAGCCACAAAAUUCGUCAAACCAACAAUUGUCAAUUUUGCUGAUAGAUAUGGUAUUCCACGACCUGAUUUAUAUUAUUGCAUGGAUAAAUUAACUCCAGUAAUUUUUCAACGAACUGGUGAUACUUCAUCACGUGUUAGGGAGAUAGCUAAACAACAAAUUUUAGAUAUGGCACAAUGGCCACAGAUGAAGCAAAAUACAACAUUUUGGAAUGAAUUAGUUCGACCCUUUUCUCCUGUAACAUUAGAUCGUUUAGCUUUAAGUCGAAUUGAACUAGCGACAGAAUUAUACGCCAGUCGUGGUGUAGAUCCUGUUUUUUGUAAUGAGCAUGGACAUGUCAAUCAGGGAAGUUUUACUUUAGAGGCACUAACUAUAUUCACUGCAAAAUGCUUAGACCAUCGAUCAAACGAAGUUCGUGAAGCUGCUGAAAAUCUCAUAGUUGCUCUUUAUCGUUCUGAAGAUCGAGCUACUGUUCGUAGGCUUAUACCUUUAGAUGAUGUGAAUUCCAAUCGACAUCCUUUAUAUAGAAGACUACUUGGAAAAUUUGAUCGGAUUGACGGAAGAUAUGAUCCACCAUUGAAUGAUCGACCACCUGCGAUUAAAGCUUCAGUCAAACAAAAAGAAGUUGAAGCGCUUCAGGCAGACGUUCAACAACUCCGUGCUAUAGUCGAACAUGGGAAUCGUGGUCAUUUGACUACCCACAAGCCUAAUUCACGUGUAUCACGUACUGUACCUUCGCAAAAUUAUGAUAGAAAAUCUGCUUCAAGGUUAAAGAAUAAUGAUCGCAAAUCUGCAAAUAACUCACAACACGGGCCUCCAUCUGCAUCACCGAAUCGUCAGAAUCAUACGUCUAAUCAACAUGGUUCACGAAUUACAAAAAGUGACAAUCCAAACAGAAAUUCUUCAACUGCUAACAUUCAAUUGGAAAUAAAUUCACAACAACAUACUGAAGAAGCAGAAUUUUUACUUAGUUUAGACAAGACAUGUAUAUUUUGUGGAGAACAAAAUGAUUCGUUUACAGAGGAAGGAUUAGAUAUACAUUAUUGGAAAAGUUGUCCAAUGCUUCAUCGUUGUCCUAAUUGUAAACAGGUAGUUGAAAUAGCUGGUUUAACGGAUCAUUUACUUAAAGAAUGUGAAGCUUGUACACCAGGACAGUAUGUUCGCUGUUCUAAAUGUUCAGAAGCUGUAUUAAAAACACAUUUAAGCAAUCAUCAUUGUUUACCUAUCAAAUUAUCUUCUGGACUACGUUGUCCACUUUGUCAUCAUGAUUUACCAAAUUUACCAGAUUCAGUUGCUCCUGGUGGUCCAGAAGAUGUUUGGAAAGCUCAUUUAUUGGGUUCAUCCAAUAGUACUAUUCAAAUGCCUCAAUGUACAGAGAAUCCAAGAAGUUUACAAAGUCAACAACAGAAAUAUAAUGGCCAUUCCACAAAAAAUACCAGUACCUCAGAAGCUAGUGAGUAGUUUUUGAGGUUUUAACAUCUUUUUUAGUUAGCGAUUUGAGGCAUAAUUUUGAUUGCAAGCUGAGUUACUGAAAGUUUAAGUUGAAUUCCUGUAGUUUUUUAUGGGAAGUCGUGAUUAGUGUUGAUAGUUAUCAAUAAAUAUCGUUAGAUAACGGGGGAAGUGUAUCACAGAUUGACUACAUUUGGAGAUGCUAAUCAUACAAUUUUCAACUUUGUUGUCCAAAUAUAACUUGGCAAGGUCUUGAGCUUAGUCUAGUACGAUAUCGUUCGUGUUCACUAAUGAAAAGUAAGCCUAUUUACUCUACUUAUUAAACUUCGACAUUAAAAAGGAUGUUAUAUUUGCAAAGAUGGAUGUUAGUCAUUUGGUGUGAAACAUGGAUGAUCUGUCUUCAGAUCACAAGUUUAUGUAAUUGUACGCAGAUUUGAAGUGAGAAAAAGCCAGUGAUCACAAAUUUAGAUGAAAAUUCUUGUUAACUUUGAUUUGGGCAGCUUGAUAGUAUCAUCGGUCUCCACAUAAAACGUAUAGUUCUAAGCUAACUACACAAAUAUUUGUAUUUCGUAAACAAGUCAAUUUAUUUUAAAUCUUUAUGUUUACUAAUAAAACGAUUGUUAUUUUGAAGUGAAUCACUCGUGAUGUAGGCUCUAAAUCCGAUCCAAAAUAAUUGAAACAGUAGGUAUAAAGGACUAUUUACACAAAGACCAGUUAUAUCUUUGUUUCAUAUGGUAGAAUAUGCAAUUUGAAAGGUAUUUAUUUCAUAAUAUUUAUUGACAUAAAUAUAUAUUUCUGAUUGAAAUCAUGGAUCGAUCGAUGUCAGAUCACUUUUGAAAGUGUAGAAGCACUGGACGGCUGUCUCGUCCUAGCAUAGGACUCAUCUGUAGUGCGCGUUCACUAUCCCGCACGCGACCUUCGAACUCAGUUUAGUUCUCUUUUUUUGCAGUAACUAGUUCACUUCUUUUUAGAAGUUAAUAUUUGUAAAUAUAUUUAUAGAAUCACAGUUAGUUUACAAGUAAUAGUUUUGUUGUAGACUACGAUUCGAUUGUUUAUCAUUGGACAACUUAUCUACUUUAAUCUUCUCUGUGUCACUUCCCUCUGUAUUUAGAUAAAACGAAAAGUGGAAUACCU